AUGCGUUUGUCUUUCCUUGCCGCCACCAUCGCGGCCUUGACCGCACCGGCAACCGUGAAUGCCGUUCACGCCAGUCAAGAGCUCGGCUACAUCCCUCCGAUCCCCGAAGAUGUAUCCGGCCCAAUUGGCUUGUCGAAGCGGGCGACGAACCCAAACAUCAAGGCCGCUACCUUUCAGCAGCUCAUCGACCACAAUAACCCGUCCCUGGGGACUUUCACCCAACGGUACUGGUAUAACGCCGAAUUCUACAACGGCCCCGGCUCACCAAUUGUCUUGAACGCUCCGGGUGAAUUUGCCAGCGACCAGUUCACCGGUUACACGACCAACUUGACACUUCCCGGGGUGUUUGCCCAGUCCAACGGCGGAGCAGCCCUCAUCUUGGAACACCGCUACUGGGGCAAGAGCUCACCCUAUCAAAGUCUCACCACUGAGAAUCUGCAAUAUCUCACACUCGACCAAUCCAUCCAGGAUCUCAUUUACUUUGCAAAGAAUGUCAAGCUGCCGUUCGACCCUAACGGCAGCUCCAAGCCCGACAAGGCGCCGUGGAUUCUGUCAGGAUGCUCAUACCCCGGUGCUUUGGCGGCGUGGACUCACCAUCUUGCUCCUGGGACUUUCUGGGCGUACCACUGCUCUAGUGCUGUUGUUGAAGCUAUUGGCGAUUACUGGCAGUACUUUGCUCCGAUUGACUCUGCGCUGCCAAAGAACUGCACCACUGAUCUGAAGAGGAUGAACAAGUAUAUACAAAAGGUGCUCACCAACGGGACCGACGAGGCGAAGAAUAAGCUCAAGAAGAAGUUUGGCUUUGACGGCCUUGCAGACGAUGACUUUGUCAGUGCGAUCGAUGGGUCGUUGGGCAGUUGGCAGGGACAGCAGUUCUACAGCGGGUACACUGACACUUUUAAGAUGUGCGACUACAUCGAGGGAGUUGCUCCUGGAAACGCUACCAAGAUUCCUGGGCCGGAAGGUGUUGGAACUUGCACUGGUUUGAAGAACUGGGCUAAGUGGUGGCGAGAGUAUAUGCUUCCUGGACCUGGAUCGUGCUCUACGGUCGAUUCGUGGAAAGGAUAUCCCCCAUUAGCAUGCUACGACACGCACAAUGCCUCAUACCCUCUCUUCACAGACCUGACUGUCGAGAACCCCUUCAACAGACAAUGGAUGUGGUUCCUAUGCAACGAAGCUUUCGAAUACUGGCAAGUCGGCUCCCCCAAGUCAACAGUCGGCUACCCACCACCAAUGUACAACGUCGACUACUGGCGCCGCCAAUGCCCCGUCUACUUCCCCGAAGUGCACGGCCACAAGGUCGGCAUGGUGAAGGGCAUCCGGGCCGAAGACGUCAACAAGCGCACGGGGGGGUGGAACAACGUCAACACCACGCGGCUGAUGUGGGUGAAUGGCGAGUACGAUCCCUGGCGCUCGGCGUCGGUGGCGUCGGAUUUCAGACCGGGCGGUGCGUUUGUGGGCGACGAGGAGAGGCCGUCGUAUGUGAUUCCCAAGGCGGCGCAUUGCAAUGAUAUGAUUAUUCGGAAUGCGGCUGCGAAUCCGGGCGUGAAGCAGGUGGUUGAUGCGGAGGUGGCGAAGAUGAAGGAGUGGGUUGAUGCGUUUUAUAAGAAGAGGGGCUGA